CUUCUAUGAUUCAGGCUACGAAGAUGGCCACGCACACGGCCGCAUCCACGGCCUCAUCGAGGGACGCGCUCUCGGACGUGAAAAGGGAUUUGAGAUGUGGGAGGAGCUCGCGUUCUACGAUGGCUUUGCCCGCACAUGGCUCUCGAUCUAUCGGACGCUGGAUCGGGGCGACGACCGCGCGGUCCGCCACAUCCAGCAUCUCCUCGAACUCAUCAGCCAGUUCCCACGCGUGAAUCCGUCUGCUGCCGAUCCGUCAUCGGAGCUCGA